AUGCUUGAUUUACCUCCUCUCUCACUCGAACACUCCGAUAUCCCUGACCAACCUAUCAUCGCCACUAAUCCUGCUCCUGUUCAUCUUCCCGUUCCCGUUCCCGUUUCCGUUCCUGCUCCUAAUCCUAAUCCUACUCCACAAAGAGGACAAAGAAAACAGGCCAAACUUGGUCCCUAUCUCUUGAUGCAAACACUCGGCAUGGGUGAAUUUGGAAAAGUCAAAUUAGGUGUUCAUUCAGAAACUGGCAAAGAGGUUGCUGUGAAACUGAUUAGAAAGACCGAUGUCGAGACAGCUUCUCGGCUGGGCAAGGUUGAAAAGGAAAUUUCUUUAUUGAAGCAUCCACACAUUGUAAAGCUAUUAGACGUGAUUGAAACCGAAAAACAUAUUGGAAUCCUACUUGAAUAUGCCUCUGGUGGUGAAUUAUUUGAACAUAUCGUACUUCAUCGUCGACUGCGAGAAAAAGAUGCCCGAAAGCUAUUUGCUCAGCUCGCCAGUACUGUUCAUUACAUGCACCAGAAGAAUAUCGUUCACAGAGAUUUAAAACUGGAAAAUCUACUGUUGGACAAAGAGCACAAUCUGGUUGUAACCGACUUUGGCUUUGCGAACCAGUUCUCUGCCGUGAAUGAUUUAAUGUCAACUUCAUGCGGAUCUCCCUGUUACGCUGCCCCAGAACUUGUAACAAACAGAGGUCUCUAUGGAGGAACUGCGGCAGACAUUUGGUCCUGCGGUGUGAUUCUCUAUGCCAUGCUGUGUGGCUACCUACCCUUUGAUGACGACCCAGCGAACCCAAACGGAGACAAUAUCAUUCUCCUCUAUCGCUACAUCCUCUCCUCCUCUCUCACCUUCCCAGACUACGUCACCCAGCCAGCCCAGGAUUUACUUCGCCAACUAUUGGUUUCAGAUCCCCUCCAACGUUGCACGCUCGACACCGUCCUCCAUCACCCCUGGCUU